AUGGCUUCGCCCAACCUUCCAAAGACGAUGAGGGCCGUUCUCCAGCCCGACAAGAACUCUCACAAGCUCACCAUGUCCGAGAUACCCGUUCCCGUGCCCACGCAUGCCGAAGAUGUCCUCGUCAAGGUCCACGCCACGGCACCCUGCAAGGGCGAGCUCGACUGGGCUCUCUGGGCGCCCGAGUUCAUCGGCGACGACAAGAUCUCCAUCCCCGGCCAGGACCUCGCCGGCAUCGUCGUCUCGGCCCCGGCAGCCGGCGGCUUCAAGCCCGGCGACGAGGUCUACGCCCGCAUCGAGGCGAACCGCCCCGGCGCCGCCGCCGAGUACACGCUGGCCCGCGUGUCCGAGCUUGCCAUUCGGCCCAAGAACCUCGGCUGGCCCGAGACGGCGGCGACGCCCAUCAGCGCGCUGACCGCCUACCACAACGCGAAGCUCCGCGUCCUCAUCACGGCCGGAGCCGGUGCCGUCGGCAGCUGGGCCGUCCAGCUCGCCCGAGUCGCCGGAGCGGCCGCCGUCGUGGCCGUCGUCGGAUCCAAGAACGAGGGAUUCGUGCGCGAGCUCGGCGCGACGGAAACGAUAGACUACACGAAGCAGUCCAUCGGCGACUGGGUGGCCGCGGAUGCCGCCUCUCGACCCGUUGAUCUCGUCUUCGACUGCAUCGGCGGAUCGUCGCUCGCCCAGUCCUGGUACGCCGUGAAGGAGAGCGGAAAGCUCGUGAGCGUGUGCAGCGAGCCGGAGAAGAGCCGGCCCUCGGACGUGACCAAGACGGUCCGGAGCUUGUGGUUCGUCAUCACCCCGCUCGGCAAGCAUCUGGCUGCCAUCACGGCCUUGCUCGAGGCCGGCAAGCUCAAGCCGAGCAUCGACAGCGUCCUCGACUUUGCCCACUUUGCCGAGGCCUGGGACAAGGCGGAGCUAGGCAGGCCGAGGGGAAAAGUCAUCGUCAAGGUAUCGGACGAGGCAUGA